CAGAUUUUUUAAUAUCCUCCACGCCAGUUCUCAUAUUUAUGAUCCGGUUCAUAUAACACCAAGGCUUCGAGCCUACUCUGUGACUGUGCAAAGCUAGUAAGAAUCAUGGCUACAUCGCCGACGCUAUACUAUGAUGUGCUAGGUCUUCCUCCACCACCCCACGCCAACCCACUCUCUUUAGAAGCGAUCCGGAAGGCGUAUCGAGCUGCGCUUCUGCGUCACCACCCCGACAAGAAUCUUGCUGCUGAUUCCGAUAAUUUGGAUCAGUCUAAUGAGACCGUCGAUCAUAUAGUUGCGGCGUACAACACAUUGUCUGUGCCGAAUCUGCGCGCGGAUUAUGACAGAUCGAUUAUCGAGAAAAGCAAAUCGUUAGCGAGCCAGUCUGAUUACGAGGCUCGAAUAAUCGCACAAUCGGAUAUGGCUGAUCUCGAUGACUUUGCCUUUGCGAGCAUGUGUCUUACUCACAGAUUGUCAGAGGAUGAAUCUACGUGUACCGACUGUGUUCGCGAAGAAGUCUGGUAUAAAGAAUGUCGGUGUGGCGAUGCCUAUGUCAUCACAGAGAGCAUGCUGGUCGAUGUUUCCAACGCCCGUAAAGACGAAGAUGGAGAUGAAGGCGAGGUUCUCGUUCAAUGUUCACGAUGUAGCACCUGGCUUCGUGUUUUAUUCUCAGUCGAACAGUAACCUCGAAGACGGGCCAAAAUGUAUCAUAGCUCUUAACGUUGUAUUAUAGAAUAGAUGUACCAUAUAGAAUCUCAAAUAUUUUCACU